CCCUGAGAAAACGUUGACUCAUAAGAGGACGACGCUGCCAAUAACUAUGUGUGAGUGUCAUGAAAUGUCAGAAGAUGGCAGCCUAUACCAUCGAGUCUUAAAGGCUAUUGAAGCACAGACGCCACCUGCAGAAAACGUGUCUACACGCACAAUGCCAGUGAUGACAGAGGAGGCCUGUGCUGACACAGUAUUAGGAGUUAUCUUUGUGUUCGAUGCUCAGAACAUCGCCGACCUUACGCAAAGCGACCAUGUGGCUCAGUAUGAUAAGAUCAAUCACCUCCUUAAACAAAGCGAUAUUCCUAGAAGUGUGGUUAUGACACAUGUUGACGCUCUGACACCUGAUUUACCAUCUCAUUUCUGGAACAACGAUGUACAAGGUACAUUAUCUCUAGGGCAGGCGAUUUUUUAUGUUCCCGUAUUCCCAGUGAAGUGCUACACAGACCAGCCCCAGCUUGAACAGAACACGGACAUAUUGCUACUUGAUGCCUUGAAUUCCAUUUUAACAAUGUUUAGAAAGAUUUAAAGUGUUUUAGUUAUGUGUCACGUUUAUUUGGCAGAUAACUACAUCCAGACUAUAACAAGGCCGAUUGUGCAGUAAGUGGCCAUAAGUGAUUUAAUUAACAUUUUAAUUAACUGUUGCAAGAAUAAUUUUCAUAAAUUGAGUAGAGGUCAUUUUAUUUUGAUAUAUU